AUGAUGUGGGUGCUGUGGCUUCUCCUUUUCUUCCUUUGCGCCCUGCUGUUUUGCAUGUGCGCCGUGUCGGCCGGCGUCUCUCUCUACCGCUGCUAUAUCGAGCGUCGCCGGAUCGCGAACGUGCGCGCCGAGAUCGAGGCGUUCGACGCGCUGGUGGAGACGGCGCUCACGAUGGACCCGUUCGUCCCCAUCGGCGAUUUGCAGAAACAAGUCCUCAAGGCCAACUGCACGUGCACGUGGGGUGUCCUAAAGAAUCUCUGC